AUGUCUAGCGACAUACAUGCUGUGGUAACAGUCUCUAUUAUGGUUAUCAAUAUUUUAAUACUUGUGUGCUACGCUCUAUUCUUAUGCUGUUUGAAAAAGAUUCAACAAAGUACCGAUAAAAUGAAGAACAUAUAUAGGUCUCUAAUUGUGGUCAGCCUUACAUCAAUUUUUGGCUGGUUCAGUACAACUCUGAUAGGCUUUCUUGCCCGAGUUUUCAAUUUAAACAUAUCCAGAGCAGACACGGAUUUGAUAGCAGGAAUUUUUGUGAACACAGCAUGCGCCGUCAACUUUUUUGCUUAUUAUGGUGUCAGGUGA